AUGAUUAAAAAAAUAUUAAAAAACAUAAAUAUUUCAAACGAAGAAAAAGAUGAUAAUUUUAGUCACAGUCAAAAUAUUAUAAAUUUGAUAGAAGAAAUAAUUAAAAAUGAAAAUGAUUAUUGGAAAUAUGUAAACAUACUUGAUGAGUUAGCAACGUUGUGUUAUGAGGAUCCAAUAGAUUUUCGAAAGUCAUUUUUUUCAAAAAAUGAGCAAAAAGACGAACAAAAAAAUGAAAAAAAAAAUGAAAAAAAAAAGGAGAAUAAAGCAAAGGAGAACAAAUUGACUAUUGAUAAAAUUAUAGAUCGAAUAUUAAUUGUUUUAGAAAAAUAUGAAGAUUCUAGAAAUACAUUUAUAUAUGCAAUUUCAAAGCUAAUAUUUAUUAAUGAUUAUAAUUUUAACAUAAAAAUAUUAACCAUAUUAUGUAAUUUAGCUAUAAAUGAUGAAUAUAAAAUCGCUAUUUGUUCUGCUUUAGAGGAAAUAGUCACAUCGGUUAUCCUCAAUUCUUCGGAGAAGCAAACCAUAGAUAAUAUAUUUGUUGGAUUGAAUUCAUUACCCCAGGACAAAAUCAUAGCAAACAGUUUCAAAAAAUGUAUCUAUAAAAUUAUAAGAAUAUUAAAAAGUUCAUUUAAUGAACAUAUUUUGAAGCUUUUAUCAAUUUGCACUUUAGAUAAGGAAAUAUGCUUAAUAUCCUAUGAUGAAGGAUUAUUAAAAAUUCUUAUCAAAGAAAUGAAAAAAUAUAGCGAUGAUGAUUUUGAUGAUGUUCCAAAUUACCUCAAAGAUGUCUAUCUGACUGUGUGUAAUUUAUGCGGAAAUUAUUUUAAACAUUGUGAAAUGAUUAUAAAUGAAAAAUUACAUAUAACUUUAUAUUUUAAAAAAAUUAAAGAAAUAAUAAAUAUAGGUGAAGCAAAUAUUUCUCAGAAUAAAUCUAUAUAUUCUAAUUUAAUAAUUUUAACAUUAAAUAAUAUUUCUAAUUUUAGUAAAGAUACGUUAGUCGAACUUUGUAACACUAUGCAUAUUAUUGAUUUAUUUUUGAUUGCAAUUAAAAUGGAUAUAAAUAACCCUUAUUAUUUAAGUGGGAGUUUAGGAGGAUUAUUAUUAAUUUUAAAAAAUAAAGAAACAUAUAAUAAUAAUAUUGAAUAUAUAUUACAGAAUACAAACAAUUUAAAAAUAUUAAUGCCAUUAUUAUUUGGAAAUAAAUAUAAUAAUAUAUUUAAUUAUUUUAAAGAUUCUGAUGAUAAUGUAGAGAAUUAUUUAUUUGAGAUUGUCAAAUCAAUUUUAGACAUCAUUUCUUUUUUUUUUCAGAAAGAAUUAGAUAAAUAUUCUAUAAAAGUAAAAAAAGAACUCAGAAAUAGUAACAUAAAUCAAUAUUUAUUUGCAUGUUUAGAAAAAAAAAAUGAAAACAUAAUAAUUCGUAUGUUAAAAUUUAUUUAUCAGUUAUCUUUUGAAGAUUACAAAUUUGUAGAGAUAUAUAAAAUAUUUUAUAUUUUAAAUGAAAAAAAUAUUACUAUAAAUAAUAAAUGGAGAGAAAUAUAUUACUAUUGUAUAAAAAUAUAUAUAAAAAUAAUCAUAAAUGAAAAAAUUAAAACUAUUUUAGAUGAUUAUAAUUUUAAAGAAAUAAUUAUUAACAUAUUUCGAAUCGUAAAUGAAUUUUUAUUACAUGAUUUGAUAUUACAAAGAAAAGCAAAUUUUUCACUUCUCAAAAAUAAUGACAACUCUGAUAUGGAAAUGUUUAUUGGAGUUAGUAAAUGUAUAUUAAAUCAAAAUGAAAAUUUUGAUAAUAUUUAUGAAAUAGACAUCAUAGAUUUAAACAAAGCAACAGUGGAAUUGUUAUGUAUAUGCUCAAAAAUUAUUGAGUUACGAAAUUUUAUUCGAAAUCCAUCAAUAUCUUAUUAUUUUAAUAAUAUUGUAAUAAAUGAAGAUAGUUUAUAUAGUGAAGAAAAUAUAAAUUAUGAUAUUUUAAUUGAAAGAACUUGGGCUUGUAAUAUUGAAAAUAUAUUUAAAAUAUUAAUGAAAAAUAAUGUAUCAAAAAAUAAAAAAAUUUAUUUUCGUCUUUUAAUUAAUAUGGGUGAUAUAUUUAGUGGAUAUUUUUACCAAUUCAAAACUUAUAAUAAUAUGAAUAUAUUUGAUUUAUGUAAUCUUGAAGAUAAACAUUGGAAUAAAAAAAAUAUAUUAAAAUAUUUUUUAUUAAUGAGUGAUAUAGAUCGAAAAGAUUGUAAAGAACAAUUGUCUAUUUUUUUAAAUCAAUAUAUAGGAAAUUUAUUUUCCUUAUUAACUAUGUUUAUUGAAGAUGAUAUUUUUUUAGAUUUAAAAAAAGAACAAAAAGAACAAUAUUUUCCUGGAGUGUUAAAAUACUAUAAAUUAGAAUAUGAAAAGAAAAUAUAUCAUUUAAAAUUAAAAGAAAAAAAAAUUAAAAAUAUCAUUACAAAUUUUAAACAUGAGGAAAAAGAUAAUAAUCCACACUACACACAUUUGGUUCUACAAUUACAAAAUAUUCAUAAAAAAAAAAAAAAACUUUUUUUACAAUUAUCAAAAAAUAAUUUUACUAAAACAUUUGAUAUUUCAUUAGUUGACAACGAAAUUGAAUCGAAUUUGGAUAAUAUGUUUGAAAUAUCUAAACCUAAAAAAAAAAAAAUUAAAAGCCCCAAAAAAGAGCAAUAUAUGAAUUUUGCUAAUGAAAUAAAAGAGGAAAAUUCAAAUGACAACAAUUUGGGUAAAGAUGAUAAAAAUGAAGUUAUUGAUGAUGAUAAAAGUAAAAUGAUUGAAAACAAUGUAUCCAAAAAAAUGUCUAGCAAUGUAAAAAACGACGUUUCUCAUAAUAUGGACAGUAAAUAUAUUAAUGGCGAAAAUUCGUUUAUUAUUAAUGGCGAAAAUUCGUUUAUUAUUAAUGGCGAAAAUUCGUUUAUUAGUAAUGGCGAAAAUUCGUUUAUUAUUGAUGAAGAAAAUAUAGAUACAGAUUGUAAAUCAUCAUCUGAAUCAUCCAUAUCGUCCGAUCCUAACGUAACCGUACUAGAUAAAAUAUCAUCUGAAUUAUUAAAUUUUAAUAAAGAAGUAAUAUAUAAACCGAAAAUAAAAACUUUUAAUAUUCUUUUAUUUAACAAAAGAGGAUUAUUUGUUAAUAGUAGCAAAGGUGAAAUUAAUGAAUCGUAUAUUUUAGAUUGUUCAUUCAGAAUAUUUUAUAGUAUUAUCAUUAAUAAUAUAGACACUGAAUUUUAUACAAAAUUAGAAGAAUUUUUAUUAAAAAACAAUGUUUUAAAAGCUUUUAUAAAUCUUUUAAAUAAAUGCUCUUUUUACGAUUGUAAUGUUUAUGCACAUUUUUUUCGUUUAUACAAUGAAAUAUUAAAAAAAAAUGUAAGAGCAAUUGAAUCAAUGGACAUGUUAAUUUUUUAUAAUAUAUUUUGUUAUUAUUUAAAAUUAAUAUCUAAAGAAUUUAUUAAAAAACUUCGAAAUAAUGAAUAUAAUAUAUCAGAUCAAUAUCAAUAUUUUUUUUCAGAAUUAUGUCAGUUAUUUUAUUAUUUUACACAAAAAAUUAUAUAUAUACAAUUUUCACAAUAUAAUGAAAUACAAAAAUGGUGUGUUGAUUGUUCUUUAUAUAAUUUUUUUUAUAAAAAUAACAUUUUAUUAUUACUUUAUUUAUUUAUAUAUAUUAAUAAUAUACAUCAUGGAUCAGAAUAUAAAUCAUAUAUAUAUCACAAAAAAAAUUUCAAUUAUAUACACACUAUUUUUUUCUACACCUUACAUACUAUUUCAUAUUUAAUGUGCUUUUCACCAAAUCUUAAGUAUUUUAUUUUAUAUUUUAUAAAUUAUAAAAAAUUUAUUCACAAAAUAUUAUUUAGGAAAUCUCUUAUUCAUUCGAUAUUUUUUUAUCACAAACUUAUAUAUUUACGAGUACUUUUACAAAAUUAUUUAUCCCAAAAAAAUAAACGCCCCACACAGAUAUACCACAUAUCUCCGGUUAUAUAUAUCAGGAACAACGCUAUAGAAUGGUAUUUUUUGGCUAUCGGAUUUGAUAAAUAUUAUUUAGUCUUUAUCCCAGAUAAUUUUGAAAGUAAUAUAACCGAUUUUAAGGUUACAAAAUUAGUUAUUUAUUCAGAAAAAAAAUAUAAAGAUAUAACACGAAUAUGUAUUAGUAAAAUAAAUGACAAUUUUUUUGUUUUGGGUAAUAUAUGUUUUGAUAAAAAUAUACCAUAUGAAUCAUAUGAUAUAUUUAUUAGUAUAAAUAAAUAUUAUCGAGAUGAAAUUAUAUUAUAUUCUCAAUUUUUAUCGGGUUCUAACUAUGAAACAAGAGUAGAUAUAAUUCAAGAUACUAUAAUUAUAAAUAAUUUAAAAAAUUAUAUGAACGUUCAUAAUAUUAUUAUAACAUCCUUUGCCUAUAAAGAAAUAAAAGAAGAUGAAAUUUAUGAACAAAAUAAGAAAAACAAAAUAAAAAAAAGACAAGACAAUUUAAAUAACUCUACAAAUAUCUAUGAAUAUGAAACAUCAGAAGAAUAUGAUACUAAUUAUGAUAAUACAAAUGAUUCAAAUUAUUCUCAAGUAACAAAUUUUUCAAAUAAAUUAAAAGAAUCUGAUAAUUCUGAUACACAAUCUAAUAAUGAAGAAGAAUGUAAUAUAUUUAGAACAAAUAUAUCAAUAAAUAAAAAAAAAAAAAAAAUAUUAUUAUUUUUUGUCUUAACAAAAAAUCAUUUAUAUGUAUUCAAAUUAAAUUUUAAAAAUUGGAUAUUUUUAAGUCCAUUUAUUGAUGAAGAAAAAAAUGAUAUAAAACUUUAUGUUGAAUCAAUUAAAGAUAGUGAUGAAGAACAACAAAAAAAUAAUAUUUUUAUAAAUGAAAAAAUAUUCCUAAACAAUUUUAUAGGAAUGACAGCUAAUAUUAUUAAUGAUGAAAAUACAAUAUUUGCUAGAAAAUAUGCAAUUACAAAUACAGCCAAAAAUAUAUAUUCACAUUCUAACUCAGAUUAUACAAAUGACCAAAUAUUAUCAACAAAUGUUACGACAUCUAUAACUACAACAGAUAAUAAAAGUGUAAGUCUAGACCAAACAAACAAUUCGGAUACUUACAAUAAUAAAAGAUAUAUGUUUGCAAAUCAGUUUUUUUUAAAUAUAAAACAUAAAUAUAAUAAUGAAUAUUUAAGUAUGAUCAAAUUUAUUAACAAAUGUGAGUCUAUUAUUUCUCUUAUUUAUAAAAUCGAGCAUAAAAAAUCGACGGAAAAAAAAAUUAAAAUAAUAAUGUUUGAUGAUUAUACUCGAGAACUAUGGAAAAGGUCUUUGGCCUAUUCUUUAAACAUCCAGAUGGCCUCAUCGGAAUGGCGUAGAACGUGGAAAUAG